GGCUGUAGCUUCAGGUAGGGAAAAGAGCUCCGCCCGUGCAGCUCCUGUGUGUGUGGGACAAACUUCACAGCACUGCAUCCAGUGCAGACAGAGAAUGAAAACACUUCAUCAGCUGGCAUUACAAAGCAAAGUCUGAGAGAGAGAGAAAGAGAGAGUUACAUAAGGCAGAGACUAGGUGAGUGUGAGAGAGAAAGAAAGUGACUCCGACUCAGACGUAUCCAAGACUCCUCUGCCGACUGAGCACGGAUGGCCAGCCGACCCUCACUGACCGAGGAGGACUUUUUCUGCCCGGUUUGCUGCGACGUGUUCCAGUACCCCGUGCUGCUGGCCUGCUCGCACAGCAUCUGCAGGGCGUGUUUGCUGCGCUUCUGGGGCCAGCGGCAGGCGCGCGAGUGCCCCGUGUGCCGCAGCGUCUCGGCCAACCCGGAGCCGCCCUCCAACAUCGUGCUGAGAGGCAUGUGCGAGGCCAUCCUGGAGGCACGGCGGCAGCGGGCCGCCCAGGCCUCCGUCGAGGCAGGCGUGUGCGAGACGCACGGCGACAGGCUCACGCACUUCUGCGAGGAGGAGAGGAGGCCCGCCUGCAUCAAGUGCCGCGUCCCUAAGAGGCACUCCGGUCACGGAUUCAGGCUCAUCGAGGACGCUGCCGCCGACCACAAGAAAGAACUUAAAAUAAAAAUGAAGCCCCUUCAGGAGAAGCUAAAAAGUUUUGAGGAAUUCAAGCAAAACUUGGAACAAACAUCUGAGUAUAUAAAGAACCAGGCAGAACAAACAGAACAUCUCCUCAAGGAGGAGUUUGAGAAGCUUCACCAGUUCCUGAGAGAAGAAGAAAACUUCCGACUGGGUGCGCUUAAGGAGGAAGAGGAACAGAACAACCAGAUGAUGAAAAAGAAAAUUGAUGAACUUGAAAGUGAGAUUGAGUCUCUUUCAGACCAAAUCAGAGCCCUUGAGGAAGACCUUGAGGCUGAAGACCUUUCAUUCCUGCAGAAUUACAAAGCCAUGGCUGAAAGAAUACAGUACUCACCACAGGACCCCGAGCCUAUUUCAGGAGAGGUCUUGAUCCACGUGGCAAAACAUCUGGGCAACCUGAUGUUUGAAGUGUCACAGAAGCUGCAAACCAUGGUGCCAUACAGUCCAGUGACUCUCGACCCUAACACUGCACAUGCGGACCUCGUUGUCUCUGUGGAUUUAACCAGUGUGGCCCUCAGCGAAGAGAGACAGCUGCUCCCCAACAACCCUGAGAGGUUCAGUGGGUACACCAGUGUCCUGGGCUCCCAGGGCUUCACCUCAGGCACCCACUGCUGGGACGUCGAGGUCGGAGACAGCACAGCCUGGGCCGUGGGCGUCAUCGCGGAGUCUGUUUACAAGAAGAAAGACACGCACAAGUUUGGCCUCUGGUACGUGGGGUUUUACAACGGCAAAUAUGGGAAAGGCUACUCGCCAGAGAUGCUCACGCUCCUCAAAGUCAGCCAGAGGAUCCAGAAGAUGAGAGUGCAGCUGGACUGUGACAAGGGCAAGGUGACGUUCAGUGAUGCCGGACGCAACACUUGCCUUUACGUGUUCAAGCACAGCUUCACCGAGACGGUCUAUCCUUACUUCUACAACCACUGCAAGCUGCACCCGCUCAGGAUUCUGCCCGGGAGAUCAUUUGUAACAGUGGAACAAUUCAGCAGUUAG